GAUUACACGAGUGAUAAACCUUAACCCGGCGGGGUUAAUUACCUACUUGCUUACGUCCUCGGUGCUUAGGGCAUCGGAUAGUAUAAAUCCGCCCCAAGGAUGAGGGGGAAAACAAUAAUACCAACAAAUUGCGGUAUAAUCUUUGCUAUUUCUCCCUCACUUUCCUCUCUCUCUCGAUUUCCCCGAGAAAUUUCUUGUUGUUUCCAGCAUCACUCUCCACUGAGCCGCCUGCCGCCUCGCUCGCUCGCUGCUCGCGUUGGCCGUCGUCUCGUCUUUUCCUCAUCGAUUUGACGUGCCCCCUAUUUAUUUCCUGCAUCGGUGGUUUGUUCGUCUCCAUUUCUGUUGCCUCGCCGUGGUGAUAGUAAUCGCUGUAGGAUUAAUUUUUAUCUCCGGAGGGGGGAGUCCGGAUCUUUGGCCCCAAUCGAUUCCUUCCGGCCACGGAAACUUAGUGUGUAGCGAGAUUAUUUGGGACCUUUGGGAAGCAAAUGGAGGGUCCAUUAAAAGAGGAGAAGGCUGCGGGUGAAUCAGGGGAUGAGGAGAAGGUAGAGAGCAGCCUCCCUAUCAAUUUGAAUUCGUUGCCAGCCGCUGCUGCUGCCUCUGCAACCGCCGCGGAUGAGUCUGGAUUGCACUCUGCAGUGGAGCUAGGAGCCAACAAUUCUAACACUACAAAGGGAAUUGGGUCUGUUGGUACUGGUCAGAAGAAGAUCCCGAAAGAUGAGGUGCUUGAUGAAGACGAUGUUCAGGUCUGUGCAGUCACAAAGAGCGAUUCAGUGGUCCCUUCAAACAGCAAGAACCCUAUCGAUGAGAAGGAUGCUUUGGCAAAUGUGGUAGAGAAUGGACAGUCCGCUGAUGGUAGCCCUGAGGAUCAGAGAGUUACAAUUCUUAGCGUUGUCAAGAAGGACGAGCCUUCUGAUGAUGUUAGAGAUUCUAGUAAUCCUGUAACAGUGGCAGGUUACAGAAAUGAGAAAGGUGGUACUAGUGCUAGUGCCAGAACUGCUUCGGUGCGACCUGCAGGCACCCGGUCAUCUAGUUUCCAUGGUGUUACUAGGCACAGGUGGAGUGGAAAAUAUGAAGCUCAUUUGUGGGACAGUUCGUGCAGAAUGGAAGGGCGGAGAAGAAAAGGAAAGCAAGUUUAUUUAGGAAGUUAUGAUACUGAGGAAAAGGCUGCCAGGGCAUAUGAUGUUGCGGCUCUUAAAUACUGGGGACAAAAUACAAAGCUGAAUUUCUCGGUUUCAGAAUACGAAAGGGAACUGGAGGACAUAAGGGACAUGUCUCGAGAGGAAUGCAUAACAUACUUGAGAAGAAGAAGUAGCUGCUUCUCAAGAGGGGCCUCUAUUUAUCGAGGAGUUACUAGAAGGCAGAAAGAUGGGAGAUGGCAGGCACGCAUAGGACUGGUUGCUGGAACUAGAGACAUUUACCUGGGAACUUUCAAAACUGAGGAAGAAGCAGCAGAGGCUUACGACAUUGCUGCUAUUGAGAUCCGUGGCAAAAAUGCUGUGACCAACUUUGAUCGAAGCAACUACAUGGAAAAGGGUCUACAUUGUAUAGAAGGGGCAGGCUUGAAACUGCUUGCGUCAAAGCCAGAAUAGAACUUGACAUAGGUGCAGCAGCAUCGUAUAUUGAGAAUUGUCCAGUCAUACUUGGAGCGUAGUGGUACAUACAGAUACAACUGGUUGCUAUCUUGUUAAUAUCCCCGCGUUAUAAUUCUACAAAUCGCAGCUCAAUUUUCUAUUGGUUAUCAAAAUUCGUGUCAGCGAGAUGAUUUUGAGCAUGUAUUAUAGGGUGACUAGGGUAGGUUUGUACUGCACCUGUAAUUGUGAGUACUCAAUAUUUAUAUUCUGCUCAAUAUAACUUAUCAAUCCAGAUUG